GAGACGGAGAAAGAAUUGAAAUUAGUUCUGGGAUAUCCUCUAGAUGCAGUUUCCAACUUUACAGAAAUGGCCAUCGAACAUGGUUAUCUCUCGGAGCAGCACACGGUUACAACAGAAGACGGUUACAUCUUAACGAUGUUCAGGAUUUCUAAAGGCAAAAACUGCAAGGGUCCGAACAGAAAACCACCAGUACUUCUAAUGCACGGUCUGCUCAUGAGCUCUGACAGUUUCAUGGACUCAGGCCCGCAAGCUGGACUGGCAUAUUUGAUAUCCGACUUGUGCUACGAUCUCUGGGCUCCAAACAUCCGAGGGAAUUACUAUUCGAAGCGGCAUAUCAAACUAGAUCCCUCAGUUGGAAUUCUUCUGGAGCCAGGAUCCAGACAUACCUACACGAGGUCACAACUCUUUAGAUGGCUAGGAGACACAUAUCAACUCCUCUUGCCAACUUUCUAUCAGGCUGGGUUAUAUGAAGCUUUACCUUUAGGUGGAUUUGUGCAAGAAGCGGCAUCCUAUCUCUGCAAGGACUACGCCCUCGCAGACUUCGCUUGUAAAGUCGCUUUAGGAUUGAUAGACUCUUUUCACCCUGGUUCAAUAAAAACGGAAACUGUGCAAGUGCUCUUCGGUCAUUUCCCAGGUGGCACGUCAGUUAAGAACAUGGCUUGGUACGGGCAGGCUUUGAACGUUGAUGAAUUUCAGCAUUUCGACUACGGGGCGACAGGGAAUUCGCAACUAUACGGUACCUCCCAGCCUCCAGCGUUCAAUCUAAGCCUUGUGAGUGUGCCAGUAGUCAUAAUCCACGGAAGACAUGACUACUUGACGUCGCCAGCUGACGUCGAAUGGGUGACAAGCAAACUACCUAAUGUGUUGGAGCAGUACUACGUGGAGGAUCCGAUGUGGAAUCAUUUUGACAUCACGUACAGCCAGUUCACUUGUAGAUCUAUUUUGCCCAAAAUAAAGGAAUAUCUAGAUGUUUUCAGUACAUAA